GCUGACGUGGAGCAAGAUAAUACAGAAGUCAGUGGUCUUCAGAUUCCGGAUGAUGGAUCUGUUGGCACUGCAAAUGUGGUCGAUCUGGAGAGCUUGGCUUUCACACAAGGUGGUCAUCUGAUGGCCAACAAACGAUGCAAAUUACCCGACGGUUCGUUCCGGGAACAACGCAAAGGCUAUGAAGAAGUUCACGUGCCCGCCCUACGACCAAAAUCACAUGAUCAGGAUGAAACAUUGUUCAAAAUUGAGAAACUUCCGGCCUAUGUGCAAGCAGCCUUUGUCGGUUUUAAAACUCUGAAUCUCAUCCAGUCACGCUUGUGCCAUGCCGCUUUGGAGACAAAUGAGAAUCUGCUGCUUUGUGCACCCACUGGUGCCGGGAAAACAAAUGUUGCCCUAUUAUGCAUUAUGCACGAGCUGGGUAAGUUCAUAAACCCGGACGGGACGAUCAAUAAGGAUGAAUUCAAAGUUAUCUACAUUGCCCCCAUGCGUUCUCUCGUCCAAGAAGUGGUCGGCACUUUUAAUCGGCGUUUGAGCAGCUACGGGAUCAAGGUGGAUGAAUUGACCGGAGAUCAUCAGCUUAGUCGCGAACAGAUCUAUGAGACACAGGUGAUCGUAUGCACUCCGGAAAAAUGGGACGUGGUCACACGACGGGGCGGCGAUGAGAGGGCAUAUAUCACCCUGGUCCGCUUAAUCAUAUUCGAUGAAAUCCAUCUGUUACACGAUGAUCGUGGUCCUAUUCUCGAGGCAAUUGUUGCACGCACGUUGCGUGCGGUCGAAUCGACCGCUGCAGCCGGUGGCGCGGGAUCAAAUGAAAUUGGGGGCGGUGCCGGCGUCCGGUUGGUCGGUCUCAGUGCCACAUUACCCAACUUUGAAGAUGUGGCCACAUUCUUGCGCGUGGAUUGUGCGAAGGGCUUGUUCUACUUUGACAACAGGCCAUGGAUGCCUAGCAGCAAUGUUGGUGCACAGAUAGCUCUCGCAACCGCCUGUAUCGGUUAUCGUGUUCAGAGUUAUUCCAUUGACUUGAAUUGCUACCGUGGAAUUGGAGAGACCGACGAGCGAUGA